CAGUCUAAAUCCAUCCGCGGCACAAUACACCACAUUUCCAGUUAAGGCGCUCUCGCGGCAGAAUUUGCCAAAAAGCACUUUGUACAUAAUAUCGCGUGCAUGGAAAAUGAUGUGAAAGUGUCAAGUGGUUUUCGUGAUAUUUGAGGUGAAAAUGAAUGCUGCGGACAACACCUGUCCCGAACUUUGCAUGUUCAUUUUGUACUGUACAAGAGAGAUUAUUCUGAAGAGUAAUGGAUAAAUUGGAAAAGAAAAUCCUUUGAAUCUUCCAACUGAUUUUUUUGUAAUAAAAAAAAAUGGAAACACUCUUCACCGGUCACAUGCAUGGAUUUCCACCUACAACCACAAAUCUCUCCGUGGGAGCAAUGGGAACAUCAUGGGGUGCUCAGGGUGGUCUCAUGGCGCUUGGUGUUGUUCUUGGAAGUUCCAUAAGUCUAGUUGGACUGGCGUUUGCCUUCAUCACAUAUAGCCUAUUCUCCGAUCUCACUUCGCUGGCGGGAACGUCUCUACUGAGUUUUCUGUCAUCUCUAUUUAUGGGGCAACUUUUGUUCGUAAUUGGCGUUGGUGGUGUUCAGGAUGCUGAACUAUGUCUUUCUCUAUCCUUGGCACUCCUGUAUAUGAAUUUGGCCUCCCUGUGCUGGUUGUGCUGCUGUUGUCAUCACGCACUUAACGUUUUUCGCCAAAAUGCGAAUUUAAUACCACGACCGGAGCCCCAGAUGGGAAAAGCUUUAGCACAUUACAGUUUACUCGCCUGGGGAUUCCCUUUGGCAAUGGUAGCAGUGGCAGCGGCCUUCAAGUACAAGGAGCGUGAUGCUCGAGUGGUGGGGACGACGAGACAAUCACAUGAGCACAAUCCAUCCACACACUGUUGGCUCAUGGAGGGAUCUGCCUACCGAUGGGGCUUCCUGGCACCAGCCAUAAUUCUCCUUCUCUGCGGCUUCUGGCUGGCCAUCCAAGGUGGUGGUACGGUGAAGCUGACCGCAAGUCUGCAGAUUGACUCACGUGCCCGCAAUAAAAUGAUAAAGAGACGUGGAUUGCAGAUUGGACUGUUCUUGAAAUUGCUGAUUUUACUCUCAUUUGUUAUCAUUUUGGGAGCACUCGCAUCCUUUUGGGCCAUACCCGAAUUAUGGACUCUCUACAGCAUCGCUCAAGGUGCUCAGGGAAUCGUGACCUCCGUCCUGGUGACGUGCAAUUGCCGUGUUUUGAAAUUGUACACCGCACCGCGUAGCCAUAGGAAUCGCAAAGGGCAGUACAGAAGUCUUCGGGAUGGCGAAGGUGGCAGAUACGGUGUUCUCUCCGUCACAAAUCCCAAUUAUGACGAUGCUCAUGGACUCGGUGGUACAGACAGUGAACUGGAUGAUAGUGGGACACUCAUAAAGAUGUCAUACAAAGAGGACCUUUUCACGGAGCGAUGCGAAUCAAAAGAACCACCAACAGUGGAUAUUCCAACAAAUGGAGAACUUUCGGGUGCUCUUGAUAUAGCAGAAUUAGCUAAAGAUCCACCACCUCAGGCUGUAUAGGCUUCUACCCUCUUCCUCCUCCCUCAAUACUAUCUCAUCCUUCCAAACAAUCCCUUUAUACACCCCCCUCCCUUCGCCCAUCCUCCCUACAGAACAUGAUAAAUCAUUGAGAACAAUUGAUUGCAGCAUAAUGACAUAAAUAUGGCAAUUAUCGUGUACAAUAAUAUACCCAUUAUUUGCUUCCUAUCAACACUCCUGUAUCAUAUCAAAAGAAAAUUGUAAUAUCAACUUGAGCAACAAAAAAACUUUUAAUUGAAUGUAAAAUAUAUAUAUCAACUUUUUUGCGAUGCGCAACAAGAGAAGCAAGACAGAUGAGAAAGUUAUAUUUGCUGAAAUAAAGUGAAUUUAAAAAUGUUUUUAAAAAAAA